AUGGACAGAUUGAGAUUGCUCAGGAUUAAUAAUGUGAAGUUUUCUGGAAUCAUCAAGUAUCUUUCUAAUGAGUUACAGUAUCUUGAAUGGCAUGAGUGUCCUUUGGAUUCUUUCCGGUCAGACUUUCAACCGGAGGAACUUGUUGAAGUUCACUUGCUGUUUAGCCACAUCAAACAACUAUGGAGGGGGAAAAAACGUUGUACAAGUUUGGUGGAGGUUCACCCAUCUCUUGGAUUUCUGAAGAAACUUAGAUGUUUGUAUAUGGAAAGUUGCACGUCUAUUGAGAGCCUUCCACCUUUUACUACCUUGGAAUCCCUUCAAAUAUUGAGGCUUUCAGGCUGUUCAGGACUGAUGAAGUUUCCAGAAAUUGAAGGAAAUAUGAAAAGUUUACUGGAGCUUCAUGUGGCUGGGAUGCCUCAAUCAAUUGAACACUUCACUGGUCUUACCAUGUUGAAUCUAACAGACUGGGAAUCGAUACAACUGCGUGUGACACAUAAGCAUAGAGAGGGGAAACAAGUUGAUCAUGUGCCACUGACAACUCUGAAACAAUUGCAGGUGCCUUUGCUCUCAACUUCGGAUGUCAAGAGCAUGCUUGCUAGAGAUGAAAUUUCAGAGUGGUUCACCACUGUAUCUACCAGAAAUUCCAUAUCAAUUCCGAUGCCUCAAAAUCAAGCCGAUGAUAAUAAGUGGAAGGGAAUUGCCGCGUGUGCAAUAUUCGCAGUCAAGGGGCAUAUUGCUCUCUCCCUUAUUGAACCAGAUCCAAAUUUUCUUAAUUACUCGUAUCAAAUCACAUGGGAAACUGAUGACGUGCUUCUUGAACCAGAUGUGUUGGAACUGGAUUCAGCAGAAUUAGGCCGCUUUGGAUUAAGCUCUCAUCUGCUUGUGAUAUUUUCUAUAUCUAGAUCGGUGUUUCCACCGAGGGAGUUAAUUCAAUCAACUGUGGUGAGAGCUAAAUUUGAAACCACUAAUCCAUCCAUGGUGGUCCAGAAAUGUGGAAUGCGUCUAGUCUAUGACCAAGAUGUUGGAUGGUUUACCAGAGUGACUGAGCACGAUGUGAUUUGUCUGGAUCAAGUUGAGAUAAGCACACCACUAGGGGAGGCUCACUGGCUUUGUCAAUCUUUGGAAUGGGAGAAAAUCAUUCCACCCUUGGAAGAAGAAACCACAGUACUUGUGCUGAGAAAGGACCUCGAGUCUGUUCUUCCAAGAUACCUUGAGUUCAAUCCCUCUGCAUUGAACUGUUAUCCUAAGAUGUUCAAAUUUAACCUCGGAGGAAGUCCAGGGUGGUUUCGUGAGGGGCUUUUCAUGUGGUCAAAUUCAGCCGUAAUGCCAAUGGAGCUGCCUGAAAAUCUACACAAGAGCAAGAAGUGGAUGGGACUGGCAAUAUUCGCAUCACUUGUAGAGGAAGUGGGGCAGACAAUGAAGGAGGACAACUUAGUACAGCCAUCGGGAUAUGAUGCAACUUGGUUCUAUUAUAGACCGUGCACUGCAGCUCGUAAAGAGGUUUGGAGGCAAUGCAAGUUGGCCAGGAUUACUGUGUGGUUGUCUACUCCACGCUUAGCAGUGCAGGGUUGUGCCCUUCGUCUACUAUUCAAGGAGGACGUUGAACAUCUUGUAGAAUCACUGACCCUCGCAGGAUAUUUUUGA